AGGUGAAAUAAAUUCAGUCAAUUUUAUCACGAAUGAUAGCAACAGUGGCCGAGAAAUGGCUAACAAUAGUCAAAACUCGAUAGUGAAUGCCGGUCUUCAGGAACAACACUUGCAGUUUCAACAACAACUCAUUCAACUCAAACAACAACAACAACUACAACAACAACUACUACUCCAACACUUCCAACAACAACAGCAACAGUUGGCCGAACAGCACGAAAAGCAGCUCCAGGAAAGGAUCAGGGAAUAUUUAGAGCAGCAAAAGCAAUACGAAGAGGAACAGAGGGUUGAGAAGGAAAGGGUUGAAAAGGAGAAGUUGGAGGCACUGAAGAAGAAGGAA